AUGAAUGUUGAUGAUAAUGGAAAUUCAUAUGCUGAAAUGCGAACAGUAACAUUUUCAAAUAAUGAGUCGAGAGUGCCGAAUUCGCACGAUGUUGUUGGAGAUGGUUUUACGCAACUUCCUGUGAUUAUGAGCGAUGGGGAAGGUAAAGAAUUCAUGGUGCAUUUUGCGGAUGACCGUGACAUGGAGAACAUGGAAAAUAUCGACGAGGAUAUUGAGCUUGGCGUCGGUACCGAUGGCUUAAAAGUGAGCUUUCAACGUGAAGAUGGUAGUGGAGAUACACAUGAAGAAAAUCGACAUGGCAACCCCAUACCAGACCAAGAACGGUUUCUUCCAAUAGGUUAGUC